AUGGUAUUCAAAUUCACUAUAGAUACAGUCUUGAACAAAUACGUGCCCUACAAUCGUCUAAAUAGGCUACCCAAACCCAUACGCCGAGUGCUAGGAAGUCAUCAUCCCAAACCCGUGGCAGACUACUGGAUAUGGAUUGAAAUUCUUGUUUCCAGUUUCUGUGGUAUUGCACUAUUGGAAGGUGUAUUCAAGAGUCAUACAGUAUUCACUUCCCAUCAUGUUCCUAUGAUCAUUGCCAGUUACGGAGCAACCGCUAUUCUUUGCUUCAAUGCUCACCAGGCACCUUUGGCACAACCUCGUAGUAUACUUAUGGGCCAUUUUGUGGCCUCACUUAUUGGUGUUUGCAUCCAAAAACUUUUCCUGUUGAGUGCCGGUGGAAGACACCAUUAUUGGGCCAGUGGAGCUCUCAGUGUAGGUGUUGCUUCUGUGGCAAUGUCCAUUUUGAAUUGUGUACAUCCGCCUGCUGGUGCAUCAGCACUUCUUCCAUCUGUCGAUGAACACACUCGUGAAAUGAGUUGGUGGUAUCUUCCCGUUCAGUUGAUUCUGAGUGUUUUGAUCAUAUGUGUCGCUAUGAUAACGGGAAAUGUCAUUAGAAAGUUUCCCGCUUACUGGUGGACACCGGCGGUCUUGAAGCCCUCAGAGAAGAAAGACGAGGAAAAAGAACUUGAAAAAGAACUCAAAAAAGAAGAAAAAUCAGAACCAAAACCAAAACCAAAACCAGUACCCCGCAAAUUCGAAUCUGAUGUCCAUUAUGUUGACCAGAUUGACUAUGUCAAAAUCACCGCCAACGGAAUUACUAUACCGUCAAACUUGAACGUUGAAGAUCUCAAUUUCAUCUGGCUCGAACUGAUGCGCCAGUUGAUUGCCUCGUCGCAGCCUACUCCACUCAAGAGCCCGUAUCGUGAUGAUAACUCAUUCAAUUCGUCUAAGUCAUAA